CUUUAAUAAUAGAGUAUUUAUGAAGUGACUCAGACAAAACCAUUAAAACCACACUCUGCACUAAAGCAAAGCUCCAUUAAGGCUCAGUAUGGCAGCCUUGGCUGUGUGGAUACUCUUCAUGUGCACAGUCUUCACUGAGUCAGAGGCUCAGAACUGUGGAGUGGCACCUCUGAACACCAGGAUAGUGGGAGGUGCGGAUGCACCAGCUAGUUCAUGGCCAUGGCAGGUCAGCAUCCGUUACAAUGGAGCUCACAUAUGUGGAGGGACCCUGAUCAGUGACCAGUGGGUCCUCACAGCAGCCCACUGCAUCAUAACGAGCACGCUGAGCGAUUGGACUCUCUACUUUGGAAUAGUGACUCAGAGUGGCCCAAAUCCAAAUCAAGUCAUUCGCACUGUGUCUCAAAUCAUAGUUAAUUCUAAUUAUAACAACACGUUGGACAACAAUGACAUCGCCCUCAUGCAGCUCACCAGCUCUAUCACCUUCAAUAACUACAUCCGUCCUAUCUGCCUGGCCAGUAGCUCCAGUCAGUUCUACAAUUCCACCCCCUGCUGGGCCACAGGCUGGGGGCGACUGGGGAGUGAUCAACCACUGGUUGCUUAUAACAUCCUUCAGGAGGUUCAAAUUCCUGUUGUUGGACCCAAAGAGUGCAGCUGUGAUUACAAAGAAUCAGUAAACAUCACUGACCAGAUGAUUUGUGCUGGACAGCCAAACAAAGGAACCUGCCAGGGAGACUCUGGUGGACCGCUGCAAUGCAAACAAGGCUCAGUGUGGGUCCAGGCUGGCAUCUCCAGCUUUGCACCCCAGCCCUGUGCUCUGGCUGGUUAUCCUAGCGUCUUUGCUCGAGUGUCUGCGUUUCAGUUAUGGAUCACAAACCAAGUGUCUGCGGCCAAUGUUGGCUUUGUGACAUUCACCUCUAGUGGCAUUAACCAGGAUGACAGCGUUGUGUGUUUGAGCCCAACAAUAAAUCGGGAUCAGAUUUCAACCACAACCUCAGCCACUGCAAAUCAGAACGUGACUUCAGCUCACAAUCAGAUUUCAACCACAACCUCAGCCACUGCAAAUCAGAACGUGACUUCAGCUCAGAAUCAGAUUUCAACCACGACCUCAGCCACUGCAAAUCAGAACGUGACUUCAGCUCAGAAUCAGAUUUCAACCACAACCUCAGCCACUGCAAAUCAGAAUGGGAAUUUAACUCAGAAUCAGAUUUCAACCACAACCUCAGCUACUGCAAAUCAGAAUGUGACUUCAGCUCACAAUCAGAUUUCAACCACAACCUCAGCCACUGCAAAUCAGAACGUAACUUCAGCUCAGAAUCAGAUUUCAACCACAACCUCAGCCUCUGCAAAUCAGAAUGGGAAUUUAACUCAGAAUCAGAUUUCAACCACAACCUCAGCUACUGCAAUUCAGAAUGUGACUUCAGCUCACAAUCAGAUUUCAACCACAACCUCAGCCACUGCAAAUCAGAACGUGACUUCAGCUCAGAAUCAGAUUUCAACCACAACCUCAGCCACUGCAAAUCAGAAUGGGAAUUUAACUCAGAAUCAGAUUUCAACCACAACCUCAGCCACUGCAAAUCAGAACGUGACUUUAGCUCAGAAUCAGAUUUCAACCACAACCUCAGCCACUGCAAAUCAGACUGUGACUUUAACUCAUAACCAGACUUUAACCACGAUUCAGAAGCAGACUUCAACAACAAGCUCCGCCACUGUACCAAAGCUGUCAUUUACUUUAAUUUUAGUCAUUUGUGGCUUUUUCACACAAAACUAAUCAAGUAAAUAUAUUCAGCUGCUGGAUUAAGAACAGGCAGCAUAAUUAUCUUACCAUGUGAGUAUAAACGUCAAUGAUUAAUUUUGAUCAUCUUACUGAUGUACAGCAUUUAAAUGACAUCUUAGUGAAAUGUGACUUCUCAUGUUACUAGAAGGACCUGCUUCACAUCAGCAACUCCUGCUGCUUGAUGUGUGAUUAUUUCCUUCGAUUAAUUUACUGUAUAGCUCAAACCUGUUUGGUGAAGAUUUCAUUCAAGUAGAAUGACAUAUUUCAGAUGCCCUUGUACAAUAUAGUUUAUAGGUUUUAAGGCUUUCAUACUGUAAACAUCACAGAACAUAUAUGACAUGAAGCAGAAUAUCUGAAAUGCCAAUGUAGAGUUUUGUACAAAGCUGUACAAAAUAUUAACAUUUGUGAAAAUCUUGAAUGUUAAUGUUAUUAAACAAUACGUAUAGAUAAACAGAAAAAAAGCUGAAGCAAAGCCACAUACACCAUGGUAAAAACGAAAGCAUGUUGAGUUUCUUAAAUUUGAAAAAUAAUUUAAAAAAAGUUUGAAUUACUUAGUCACUGUUUAUAACGAUAAUAAAAUUAAAGAAUAUUUAAUAGUAGAAUUCAAUAGUUGAUUAUAUAUUUACUAAAUAUUCAUUAAAUAAAAAUAAAUAAAAUUGAUAUAAAAAAAAACAGAUUCUAACCAAACCAGAAGACAAAACAAAAGUAGAUUUAUAUAUAAAUUAAUAGUAAAUACAGCAUAAACAUUAUAAACACAGAAUAUGAGCACAUUUAAAACCUGUUGCCUGUACAAUAGUAUGUACAUGCAAUUUUUGACUUAGUAAAGGCUGUAUGUGUCACAUACAAAGGAAGCAUUUAAUAGACAAUGACAGAGGCUAAAUCAGGAGGCAGUGUAAACAACAACAACAACAACGCUGGAACUCAAACAACCAAGAAAAUAUGGAAAAUGUAGUACCCACAUGUGUCUCAAGGUGGCAUCCCUGCCACAUUACAACAGUGAGACUAUUCAAACAUGACUAGGAAAAUACAAAAGGACUUAACUAGUAAUGGAAAAGAAACCACAACACAGUCUUACAGUUAUUAAGAACUCUACUUUCACUUUUACCUCACUUUGUAAUUUCUGAACUGGGCUGACUCUGCUACGGUUCAACCCUCCAGCCUGCUGGAGGCGGUUUUGUUUCAGUCCUGUCUUUUAUGGAAGUUUUUAUGGACGUUUUAUGGAAAGUAUGAAUAAAAACUUAAUAAAUUGCA